AUGGAGAAACUGGAGGAAGCUGAAUUCUGUUUUCCACAGCUCCUCAACUCCUCCUGUAAGAAGCUCACGCGUCCUUACUCUGAGGCUCUGAUCAUUUAUGUCCUGAUGCCAUCUUUGUCUCUGAUCACUGUGAAUCUCAACCUGCUGGUCAUCAUCUCCAUCUCCCACUUCAGGCAGCUCCACACUCCCACCAACCUCCUCCUCCUCUCUCUGCCUGUGUCUGAUUUUCUCAUGGGCCUUGUUGUGAUGCCGUUUCAGAUCCUCUUAACAGAACCCUGCUGGCUCCUUGGUGACCUGAUGUGUGUUCUGUAUAAUUUAUGCCUUUCCACUGUUAAUUGUGCCUCAGUAACAAACAUGGUUCUGAUAUCAGUUGACCGUUACGUGGCCAUCUGUAACCCUUUGCGUUACUCUGCAAUAUUCACUGAAAGGGCUGUUCAGCUCUGUGUCCUCCUGUCUUGGCUUUGCUGUUUUUUUUAUAGUGUUUUGAUUUUAUACAACAGCCUGAAUCAACCAGGCAGGUUUACCUCCUGUUAUGGAGAAUGUGUGAUUAAUAUAAAUGGAGCUGUAGAUAUUGUGAUAAGCUUCAUCCUCCCCAUCUCAGCCAUCAUCAUCCUGUAUGUGAGGGUGUUUGUGGUGGCUGUGUCUCAGGCUCGUUCUAUGCGCUCCCACCUUGCAGCUGUUAAACUGCAGCGUUCACUGACUGUGACUGUUCAGAGGUCAGAGCUAAAAGCAGCCAGGACCCUUGGUGUUGUCGUUGCUGUGUUUCUUCUGUGUUACUGUCCAGCUUACUCUGUGUCUCUUUCUGUCCUCAGUGUUGGCUCUUCAGUGAAUGUUCUAAUGUAUUUCCUUGUAUUAUUGAACUCCUGCCUGAACCCUCUAAUCUAUGCUUUAUUCUACCCCUGGUUUAGAAAAUCUGCCAAACUCAUUGUUUUACUAGAGAUACUAAGGCCUCAGUCCUGUCAGACCAAUGUAAUGUAAAAAAACAGAAACAAGAUGAGCAGAACUUAUUUCGGGCAAAUGGUUGUUGUAUAAAUACUCUGGCAUUUCACAGUUUGAGGAGACAUCUUUUCCAUUUUAGGUUAAAUAUGAUUUAAAUGUAGUAAGAGGGACGUGAUCAUGCCUUUAACAGAAUGUGGGACUUUGGUCAAUGCAUGUACUCAUGCUGUUCUAGAAUAAACCAAGCUAAGGCACCAACAGCACUCUUUGCCAU